ACACACACACACACACACACAGACAUAAACACACACACACACACACAAACACACACACACACACACACACACACACACACACACACACACACACACACACACGUACUGACCCACAAACCUGUUUUGUUGAGACAAACACAGUUUAUAAAGAAGGGAGCAGGAUAAAAGAGAAGGAAAGAAGGAAAGGAGGAAGGAAAGGAGAGAUUGAAGGAGAGAGGAAGUUUGGAAAAAGAAAGUCGGAGAAGAAAUUCAGAAGGUCUGAAGUUCAGACACAGAUCCAGACUUCAGAAGUGAAGAUGGUUCCUUUGGGUCUGACCAGGAAUCAUCCAAUCAGGAGACAGCGUGAUAAAGAGUAUGGAGAGAAGGAGGAGGAGGAGCUUCAUCUGGACCUCCAUCAGGACCUCCAUCAGGACCUCCAUCAGGACCUUCAUCAGGACCUCCAUCAGGGGCUCAGACCUCCAUCUGGACCUCCAUCAGGGGCUCAGACCUCCAUCUGGACCUCCAUCAGGACCUCCAUCUGGACCUCCAUUUGGACUUCCAUCAGGACCUCCAUCAGGACUUCCAUCAGGAGCUCAGACCUCCAUCAGGACCUCCAUCAGGACCUCCAUCAGGAGCUCAGACCUCCAUCAGGACCUCCAUCAGGACCUCCAUCAGGACCUCCAUCAGGACCUCCAUCAGGACCUCCAUCAGGACCUCCAUCAGGACCUCCAUCUGGACCUCCAUCAGGACCUCCAUCUGGACCUCCAGGUCCUAAUGGUUGGAGAUCUGAGGAGGAUUUCCGUGUCUGUAUGAAGGUCAGAAAACAAACAUCUGAGACACUGACCAGAGGAGGAGACCAGAGAGAAGAUCUGAGAGACGAUCUACAGAGAAACUCAGAGAGAAAAGGAAGUAAAUAA